AAACAAAAACGUCAAACCAUUUCGUAGACAAUCUAAAUAAAAAAAAUAGUUCACUCAAAGUACCAGAUAUGUCAGAAUCUGGAAAUGAAGGGGAUAUAUCGGCAGAUGAACAAGAAAAUGAAAUGGAAAUAUCAAUACCAGCUACUCAAGAAGCAGUAUCGGAAAAACCAGACGAUCAGGUAGAGUUGUCGAAAGAUAGCGAAUCACCCAUAGCAUCUAAACUUGCUGAAGAAGGUAAUGCAGAAGGAAAAAAAGUUAAAGAUGUAGAGUCAAUUAAUAAAAAUGUAGAAGUAGAACCAAAAGAAGCGAUAGAGAAAGGAGACACCAAAGCAUUAGAAAUUGAACAUGUUAAAAAAGAGUCAUUGAAAGAAGAUGAAAUUGUAGAAAUAGAGCCAAAAGAAGCGAUAGAGGAAGAAAAUACGAAAGCAUUAGAAAUUGAACAGGUUAAAGAAGUGUCAUCCAAAGAAGAUGAAAUUGUAGAUUCUGAUAGAGAAGUAGUUUUAGAUGAAGAAGUUAAAGACGCAGGGGAUAAAGGUCAGAGAGAGGAAAUAAAAACUGAAAUAGAAGAACAUGAAAAGGAUGUUUCCCAAGAUCAAGACGAAAAUGACGAAAGAGAAAUGAAAGUGGAAACCGAGAAGGAAAAAGAGGAAAAACCUGAAGACCAAGAUAUAGAGCCUAAAGAAGAUAUUGCUGAAACUAAGGCAGACGAAAAAGAAACAAUGGAAAUAGAAGAAAUACCUGCAGACCAAGAUAUAGAGCAUAAAGAAGAUAUUGCUGAAACUACAAUAGACGAAAAAGAAAUAUUGGAAAAAGAGGCAAAACCUGAAGACCAAGAUAUAGAGCCUAAAGAGGAUAUUGCUGAAACUGAGACAGAGGAAAAAGAAAUAUUGGAAAAAGAAGAAAAACCUGAAGACCAAGAUAUAGAGCCUAAAGAAGAUACUGCUGAAACUACGAUAGACGAAAAAGAAAUAUUAGAAACAGAGGAAAAACCUGAACACCAAGCUGAAACACAUGAAGAAGCUGAGGCGAAAGACAAACAAGUUGAAGAUAAAGAAGAAAGGGAAGAUAAAUCAGAUAUGCCCACAGAUGAGACUGAUGUAGAAACUACCGAAGAAGAUGACACUGAAUAUGAAGGCGUUAAAAAAGAAGAUGAAUCAGAACAAGUUUUGGAAGAAGUACAAAAAAAAACGAAAUACAAAGCAAGAAAAUCCAUAAAAUCUCUAAGUUCUAGGAGAUCAAAAGUAUCCUCGACAAUUUCAGAGGAAGAAGAUGAAGAAGAAGAAGACGAAUUUAGUGAAGAGGCGGAAGAAGAAGAAAUAGAAGAGGAAGAAGAACCAGAACAUUACGAUGCCGAUAGACUUUUGUCAGGACCAACGAUUUGCGAAGGUGGAACUUUGCCGUUAGAUCUUUUAGAAUUUUUUCAUUCUUUUGGAUAUAACUGCAGAAAAAAAUUCAAUCUUGAAGUUUUAGAUGAAAACACAGUGGUCUUUGCCUCUGGGAAUUUUUUGCACUUUUUUAACUUGGAAACCAAAGAGAUUUGGUUUCGCAGAAGUGCAUUAGGACAAGGAAUUGGACACAUUAAAAGAAACCCAAAUAAGGAGUAUCCCCAUUUUGCCGUAGCUGAAUGUGGUCGUAGGCCGAUAAUAAUCUUGUACAAUUGGCCAGAAAUGACAAUAUUGUGUAUCUUGAGAGGUGGAGCAAAGAAACUCUAUUCUAAUAUGGACUAUAGUCCUGAUGGGGAAUUGCUCGUCUCUCAAAGUGGAGAACCAGAUUAUUUGAUCACUGUAUGGAACUGGAAGGAGCACAAGAUUUUGCUCAGAAAUAAAUCGUACGUCAAUGAUGUUUAUGCUGUCAAAUUCUCACCGUAUAUACCAGGAGAAAUAACCACGUGUGGUGUAGGUCACAUAAAGUUUUGGAAGAUGGCCCACACGUUCACCGGACUUAAACUACAGGGCGAGCUAGGAAGGUUCGGAAAGACAGAAUAUUCUGAUAUUUUGGGAGUUUUGCCCAUGCCAGACGAAAAGGUAGUGUCUGGUUGUGAUUGGGGCAAUAUACUGAUAUGGGACGGAGGUUUAAUCACCUUAGAAGUAUUACGUACCCUACGCAAGAACUGCCACGAAGCACCUAUAGUACAGAUAUUUUACGAAGACGAAGAAUUGUGGACAGUAUCGUUGGAUGGCCAUGUUCGUAUUUGGUGGUACGAGAAGAUCGACAGAGCUGAUCCUCCAGACGAUGAUCGCGUCAUCCUCUUGGAUCCUUCAUAUGAUUUCUAUACUCCUGGCAUGUCCCUGUACCAAGUGACCAAAAGGCGAGAAGAAGGGAGUAUGUUUAUAGCUCAGGAUGGUAACGGUGGCAUAUGGCAAAUAGAUCUCAACACAGUCACAGAACCAGAGCCUUCGAUGCAGUUGUAUAAGUGUCAUGCUGGAAAGGUCGUCGACAUAGCAACUUACUGUAAUGGACGAUAUUUGGCUAGCUUAGGAAGGGACGGAAGACUUUAUAUUUAUAAUUAUUUGACGAAAAAAUUGAUAUUUGGUUACGAAUUUCCUGCAAAAGGUUCUCGAAUGAUUUGGCCAGAAGCUGAGCUCUUACCAACAGGAGAUGUGAUUUUAGCCGGUUUUUGUGAUGGACAAGUGAGAGUAUGUGUUGUAAAUUUAAGAAAUGAAGAAAAUAUCAUUUUAACGAUCACUCAAGUUAUAAAACCUCAUAAUAAACCUCUCACAGCAAUACAAAUCAAUUCAAGAGCUUCAAUUGUAGUUACUGGAGCAGAAGAUUCCACAAUAUUUGUUUUUGCUGUCAACACGUUACAAAAUAUGGAAGAAUUCUUGAUUCCUAUAGGAUUCAUUCCAGCCCCAGAUUCUGUAACCUGUUUGACAUGGCAUCCCAAAAUCGAUCACACGAUAUUAGUUGGAUGUCUUCAUGGACAGAUGAUGGAAGUUAUGGUACCUACAACACCUCAAUCCUACACCGGAGUGUCAUAUUUGUUAAAAGUCCAACCGAAGUAUCAGAAUUUCAUGUCCUACAAAUCUCAAAUUCGAAGAAAUAUCUACCUUAAAAAGGUAGCUAAAAGAAAGGCGAAGAAGGUUGAAGUGAAAAGACAGGAAAUGGAAAGGAUAAUGAAGGAAAACCCUGCGUUGGAAAUUGACGAAGAAGUAUUUUUAGCUGAUUCUGAAUCUGAGGAAGAACUGGAACCUCUGCAUAUUCCAGAAGUCAGGAACAGAAUUCUCUGGAUGCGUUAUACGCCCGAUCAGACAAUUUGGGUGUCCAUGGCAGGGUAUGAUGCUGGGUAUAUUUACGAGUACAAAAUGGACCAAAUCGAUGAAGUUCCUUAUAAAUUUAAAAUGGUUCAUGACGCCGACGACACUGAAAUCAGCUGUUAUAUAAUAGAUGAGCAACAAAAGUAUCUCAUACUCGCUAUGCAAGACGGUAGCCUCCGUGUGAAUAGAAUCAACCCAAAAGAUUUUCGAGACUUGAAAGAUUAUUGGAGUUACUCUUUACACGACAACCAAUACGGUUUCGUAUCGAAGUUGUGCUUCAGUCACGAUCACAAGUUUCUGUUUAGUUGUGGAGAAGAUGGUAAUGUAUUUGCUAUGAUUUUCCAUCAUGAAGUAUACGUACCUCCUUUAGUCAUAAGGCCAAUGAUACGCAUAAGCUCCGUAGUAUUUGUGGAAGACGUAGAUCCAUAUACAAAACUAAGUUUAGAAGAAACCAAAAUAAAAGCAGAGGAAGACAGAAUUUUGAAAGCAGCCAAUGCACAUAAGGCUAACGUAAGAGACAUCCUUAAAGUUCUUAAAGAACGCUACCAAAAACUGCUAUCUCGCAACAACAAACUUUUACCGAGCCAAAUAAUCCCUCGGCAACAACUAGAACUUGACGAUCGGGUGUUGCAGUAUAUAAACAACGAAUUCCAAAGCAAGCUUGACCUGGUGCAGAGAAAAUUAGCAUACGACCUCGAGAAAUCCGAAAUACAAAUGAAGAAGUUGUUAAAAUACUUUACAGAUCCUUGCGACAUGCACCCGGUGCAAAUUUCGGGAAUUAAUGACCCUUCCUUGUAUUUGUUGACCGUCAGGCAAAGAAUCAUGUCACCUAUGUUUGCUACAGUUUUAAAAAUAUGUGAAGAAAAAAUUGAAGAAGAGAAGAGAAAAGGCAGGCCACCUGAGAGAGUUCAAGUUCAAGCUAAAAUCCAAGUCCCUAAACCUUCAAAGCAAAUGGCUUUGGAAUAUUUCUUAUUAAGUUUGACACCAUCGCAAAUCCAAAACAAAUUGGGUCCCAAACUUACACGACUCUUGAACAAAUAUAGAAGCAGGAGGGAAAAGUGGGAUAGACGAGCAGACGAAUGGGAAGAAUUUAAGGCGCGAAGGCCUGAUCCAAACAAAAACCAUCCGGAUGACGAAAAGUUUCUUCAAGAGGCCAUGAACAAUGUUGGAUACUAUAAGCUGAAAGAAGCUGAUGACUAUAAGCCAUCGCCUGAUGAACGAGAAACAACAGUAAAGAAGUAUAAACAAGUUUUAGAUACCCGCUUAAAACAAUACAACCUGAGGCACAGCUUCAUAAAGAGUGUCUAUGACGUAAGAGAUUUGAAAUACGAAGCCAUAGACAAACUUAAAGAAUACAGAGAAUAUUUGAAAGAACUACAUGAAGAACUACCUGUAAAUCUUCAUCAAUUUGGGCCGAAUAUACCCGAUUUAGACCCCAAUGAGUUUCCUGAGGAAAAGUUAAAGCCUCACGUUAUACUAGAAGAAAAGGACGAGUCUAUCGAGAGUGGGUACAUUCUAGAAGAAUAUGUACCUGAACCAACUAUACACCAAAGAGAACGACAACUAUUGCCGCAAAGAACUACAUAUCCGAAAAUAAACAGUGACAAUAUUUUUAUUCCGACGUAUAAUUCCAAUGAAAUCGCGAACGUACUCGAAAUGGAUUUUGAUAAUCUUCUAACCAAAUAUUCCGACGAAGUUGAUACACCGAUGGAAUCAGAAUUAAGAGCUAAGAGACUGACCAGAAAACUCUUCUUCCAAUCCACCACAAUCGCGAAUAUGAAUAGAACAAUAGAAGAAUUCAACCAGGUUAUUGAGGAGGGUAAAAAAGCACGAUUACCUGUGCAUCCCCGAGGCAAUUUCGUGGACAUCUAUAUCCUUACCCUGAACCAGGAACUCAACAUCUUAAAACAAUUUGAAGACGGCGAAGACAGUCUUCAAAACAAGGUCAACAAAUGCCUGCAUCAAGUGCAUAUGAUGGAAGACGAUAUCGAUGUGGAGAAGAACAAAAAGCUGGACAUUGAACACGAAAUCGAAUCGAAUCGUUUGGAAGAGGCGAAGAUACAGGAGAAGUUUAAGCAUGUCACUGAAACUAACAAGUUUUAUGACUUUCUGAAAAAGGUGUUUCGUAAGAGAUUUAGGCCACCGAAGCAAGCUACAGAUUCAGACAGCGACUCUGAGUCAUCGUCAUCGAGCUCUGAAGACACCGAGGAAGACGACAGUGCUAGCAUCGACUCCCGAGACUUUGGAUUUAUCAAACAGGACCUAAACGUGUGCCCUAAAGGAUGUGAACAGGCGAUAUUUGACCUCACUGUAGAAUUGAGAGGAAACAGACAUACAAUCGAGCAAAAUAUUAAAGAGCUUCAACGUGUCGUAGAUACUAUUAACAAAAAUAUUGAAAUGAGUACCAGAAAAUUGCGAAUAGUUGAAACUCAGUAUCAGCAAAGUAUUAACUCGUUAGAAGCCUAUCAAAAAGAAAAGCAAAGACUUUUGAAUCAAGUAAGGUGCACAGUAAUACUGAACCUGGAUCAAAUCCACGACUACAAUCCUGAAAUGGACGAAAUAUCGGACUACUUGGUGUUUUCCAGAUCGACUCUCUCGAGCUUGUACAAGAGGGUUGGUGGUUUAGAAUUUGAAAAUUUGCAGCAAAAAAUGAAAUACGAAACCUAUUUAGAACACAUAACAAGAAUGAAGAAAGAUCUGCGUUACAUGCGAAGUAGAAUUAAGGGAUUAAUCCAAACAAUCCAGCAAAUGAUGUGCGAAAAAUUCGGUAAAGUUGUGGACAUCAACGAAUUAGAACUGGCCAUGAUCAAAAAGACUUUUAAUAAAACGCACAUAAACGAACUAGAGGAAGUCGUUUUGAAGAAACUUGUGUUUGAUGUUCGUCUUAAGAACACCAACAUUAAAGAUGUAUACGCUGCGCAGAUCAGGAAAAUGACGAGGAGGAUUCAAGAUUGUCAGGAAGACCUUAUACGAACCAUUCAAGGCAACACCAACCGAUUGGAACUACUCCAGAUAAUGAACAGAGAGAAGAAGGAUUUGGUUAAGGCGAUUGCUUCGCAGUCUAAGCGAAGAGAUAAACUGGAAAGCAAUGUCAAAGCAUCUGCCCAGUGUGACAAAGAUAUAAAGAAACUAGAAUCGAUUGUGGAAGAUCAAAAUAAGACUAUUUUUAAUUUAAAAGCUGAGAUUAAGAUGCUGAAAACUAAAGGUAUGCCCCCAAAAGAACGAUACGUGGAACCGAAAUCAACCGAAGAAGUUGAACUAAUCAGCGAAUCUAUGAAAGAAUGGCCCGAAAUCGAAAAAUAUCUGGAGUCUACUCGUGAAGAGCCAGAAGAAAGGACAUUACAAGAAAUAGACAUGCCAGGUUUCUACUUAACCGAAACUGAGGAUAUCAUAACGAGCCUUAUUCACGAAAUAUUGGGAACGAUGAAAAUGAAGUCAAAGAUAACUCUAGAUGCAGAAUUGGUAGUGACGAAGAUCUUGACCCAUAUACUCAACUGUGUGACUGUUCAACAAAUUAUAAACGAAAUAGUCAGUAAUAUACCAUGCGAGCUGACACCAAAACAAAAGAGUCUUGUAGAAUCAUCAGCCGAGAAGAUAUUCACCAUUCAAAAGCCGGAUAUGAGUGAAGAAAGCAUCAUACAAUACGCUAAAGAACUUCUAGAAGACUCAGUGCAAGAAAUUUUACAGAAGAAAGACGAACCGUACGAACUGGUGGCGGAGUUACUCGAAAACUUGGUAGAGUCGAUGCCCAAGGAGUUCCUCUUCCACGAAAAAUCCCUAAAUUCGCUGGUCGAUAGACUUGGAAGUUUCAUCAGCGAGCAUAAGUUAGAGAGGGAUGCUUUGACGAGCAAGAUAGAGAGAAUUAGUAGCGAAAACCGCAACGAGAUAUUGGCCAUACUCGACGUCAUUUUAAAGGAAGUGUACGGCACUGGAAUUGACUAUAUGUAUGUUAUUAAAAAGAAGUCAAGUCAUAGAGAGUUUUAGGUUUAAUUUUUUAUUAUAUAUAAAUUUUAUAAUAAACAUUCC